AUGUCACGGGCAAGAGCCACUCGCCCCAAAAAGCUCAACGCCAAACAAAAUGUACAGAUCUUUCGAGAGGAUCAAGUUGAUUCUCUGAUCGACUAUGAUUCUCAACGCGCUGUAAUUGAAACUGGUGUCGAAAAGGCAGAGGAAUCAGAAUACCAUCUUCAGCAAGCAAUCAAGGCUGCAGAAGCCGCCAAGGCAGAUGCCAAAGUCAAAGAUGCAUACAUUCCUACGCCACCUACCAUUGCCAGUGACCUCCAGUAUGAUGUUCUCUAUCCAAAAGGAUGGCAGCAACCCGCCACAUACGUCCGCUCCUCUGCAACAGUCGAAGACUGCUCUGGAGUGGCGUAUUGUAUGGACGAGGAGGAUGAACUGGCAUUGAAGUUAAUCAAUGGGAAGUUGCCUACUGGCCAACCGCCGUGUACUGAAGACCAGUUCGAAGAGGUGAUGAACUUUUUCGAAGAAACCGCUCAGGCCAAACAACCGUUUGCCGCAGUCGAUAGUCCCCCAGUCUUACCUUUAGAAGAAUUGCAAGAGCAAUUCGACGAAACCACCCCUGCCUAUGUUCGCACGUUUUCCAAGUAUGUGUAUGAACAUUGGCGGUCACGGCGGGAGCAAAAGGGAAAUCGACCUCUUGCACCGCGUCUCAAGUUUGAGACCGGUCAAGAGUCAGAUGAUUCAGACCCAUACGUAUGCUUCCGGAGAAGAGAGCUGCGACAGAUUCGAAAGACGAGAAACCGUGAUGCUCAGAGUGCCGAGAAGCUGCGGAAACUUCGCACAGAGCUGGAAACUGCCAGAGGCAUGCUGUUGAUGGUCAAACGUAGAGAGAUGCUCCGUAAGGAAUGUCUCGAGAUUGACCGGCAGGUGUUUGAGCAGCGCCAGUCCUUGAGAGACACCAAGAGAAAGCUGGGCAUGAAAGGCGAUGAUGAUCUUCUCAUCAACCAGAAGGUAACACCAACUCUUUCCACAAAGCAAAACGUUGUACUCACCUUGUCGAAGAAGCAGAAACUGCCUCCGGGCAUGACUCCCAACCAAGCUGCCCUCGCCCAUCAACUCCGCAUGCCCAUGCCGCCUGGCCCCGGCCCUGAAUUGCGGACUCUUGAGGAUGUCAUUGCCGCUCGAGAAAGAGAGAUUCAGAAAGAGAUACAAACGAAUAUCGAAAAACAUAUUCGCUGGAACGAAGGUUUUGUCGACAAAACCAUGGCACCACUGACACCCGAAGCUGAGGACUACCCCUCGCCGGAUGAACACUUUAGAGAAGCCAUGGCUGCCACAGAGUAUCUUCCGACACCGCCGGCUAGUAUCUCGGAUGAAGAGUCUCAGCCACAGCCAGCUGAGGAUAAAGACGUCGUGAUGAAAGAUGUCUCUCGGCCGUCAACACCUUUUAGAUACGCAAGUCCAGCCGAUGACGAAACGGUCGGACCAAUGCCAUCCUUCCGACGGAGAGUAGGUCGUGGAGGUCGAAUCAUAAUAGAUCGAAGACUACCCCGGCCGAAACGGGAUUCUGCCGAAGAGGACAAGUUUAGAUUCGACUCGGACGACGAUGAUGCUCCAGACAUGGAUUCGCCGGAAGAUAUGUCAUACUCCCGCAUGUCACAGCGGGCAUACCUUCUGGGUGCGAGCUCUGCUCAACCGGUCUCGUCAAGGAGGCAACAAGCUGAUGCCGGUGGUCCAAGUCAGUCACCCUCAGGGCCUCAGGCGCACCCUCAGCCGACGCCGACCCCUUCUUGA